AGCUUCCAGCUGGUGGCUACGGAUCAGCCACACGGAGUGGAGGGGCUGAGAAAGUGACGAAGGCUUGAUGUAGGGGGUUUGAAGAGGGCUCGAGAAUUGUUUUGUUAUUUUAGGAGUGGCACACCAAAGAUUUACAGAAGACGCAGCCAAAAUGCUCUGUCACGUUACCCGUCCGGAUUCGGUGGUGAUGGAAGUGGAAGUUGACGCGAAGGCGAACGGUGAAGACUGUCUGAAUAAGGUUUGCAGAAAGUUGGGCAUAAUAGAAGUGGACUACUUUGGGCUGCAGUACACAGGCAGCAAAGGAGAGAACCUGUGGCUGAAUCUGAGGAACCGCAUCUGCCAGCAGAUGGAUAAUUUGGCGCCCUGUCGACUGAGGCUGCGCGUCAAGUUCUUUGUGGAGCCUCAUCUGAUUCUGCAGGAACAGACGAGGCACAUCUUUUUCAUGCACGUGAAGGAGGACCUCCACAACGGUCACCUACGCAUGGGCUCAGAACAAGCAGAGGAGCUGAGUGCACUGCUGGCACAGGCUGAGUUCGGCGACUACAACCAAAACACCGCCCAGUACUGGUACUCGGAGCUGUGCGGGGAAGAGCCCAGCACUGCUACUAUGGACAGCAUCGUAUCCAGACACAAGGCUCUGGACGGUUCAAGCCAGGGCUCAGUGGAGUAUCAGGCCCUGCAGCUAGUCUCUUCUCUGGAGCAUUAUGGGGUGGAGUGGCACUGGGCUCGCGACGCAAAUGGCCAGCGGCUUGCCAUAGGAGUCGGCCCUGAAGGCAUCGCCAUUUGCAAGGAGGACUUCAGCCUAGUCAACAGAGUAAGCUAUCCAGUCAUCCAGAUUGCCACUCAGUCUGGGAAGACUGUGUACCUGACAGUUACCAAGGACACAAGUGACAGUGUGGUGCUUCUGUUCAAGCUCAUCAGUAACCGGGCUGCCAGUGGCCUGUACCGGGCCAUCACAGAGACUCACGCCUUCUACAGGUGUGACACAGUCACUAAUGCAGUGAUGAUGCAGUACAGCAGAGACUUUAAGGGCCACCUAGCUUCUCUUUUCCUCAAUGAAAACAUCAACCUGGGCAAGAAGUACGUUUUUGACAUCCGACGUACCUCCAAGGAAGUGUACGACCACGCCCGCCGUGCCCUCUACAACUCCGGCGUUGUGGACCUGAUGUCCCGAUCCGGCAGUGGCGAGCGCUCCUCUCCGUCACGCUCCCCAAGCGGAGACGAGCAGCAUGACGAGGGGCUGGACUGCGGCAGCUGCCAGCAGAGCCGAGCCCUGCAGGAGCGGCUGCAGAAGCUCAGAGAGGCUCUGUUGUGCAUGCUGUGCUGCGAGGAGGAGAUAGAUGCUGCGUUCUGCCCCUGCGGCCACAUGGUGUGCUGUCAGACCUGCGCAAAUCAGCUGCAGCUGUGUCCGGUGUGUCGGUCGGAUGUGGAGCACGUGCAGCACAUCUACCUGCCCACCUGCACCAGCCUGCUAAACCUGACGCUGACUGACAACCACCUGCACCGAAGUAGCAGCGGCAUUCCUGCGCCCAUCCACAGAGAAAUGGCUUCUUCUCGUAGCCGCUCUGCCACAGAGUAUGACCACAAGAUCUACCACACAUAAAGUCAACUCCACUGAACCCAUCAAACUCUACUAUGAACACUUGAAAGCUGGUUUCAUGAAGAAGGAACGUUUCUCGUCCGUCUGCGUGGACUCCUUGAACUACCAAACCUAUAGAAACUCCUGAGCAUAAUCAAAGAUCGACAAAACCACUCCCUCAUCUGGUGUGUGUGUGUGUGUGUGUGUGUGUGUUUGUGUGUGCUUUUUCACUUUGUCCCAUAAGACUAUCAGUUUGUCUUGAUCUAUUCUGAGUACUGUUAUUACUGCUAUUGAAUGUGUGUCAUUCUGUCCAAAUAUUGUACGUUUUAAACAGUUUCUCCCCUGCCACAUUAUUUUUAGAUUAAGUUCUUAUUUAAAUUAUUGCAUCAGUUGACCUGAUACUGAAUAGAAACAUUUUGGUUUUUUUUUUUUUUUUUUUGACCCAUGCUUUGAGUGUGUUUAGGUUUUGUUUUGUUUUGUUUCUUUGCUCCAUAUCAGGCUCCUGGCCACAGAACCCGAACCAUAUCCACAUGAUGAAUGUAUGUGUUUGAGAAUAGCUUAACACUGUACAUAAGAGCUUUUCUUUUUUCUUCUUUUUUUAAAGACUUUCUGACAUUCUGUUUUUGAUUUGAGCAGAGAAUUUUAUGGUGUAACAGAGUGAGAUGCUUUUGUUUUUAUAUUUGAUUUCUCAUUUGUUUUUUUUUCAUGUUCUGUGUUUGUCAUGUCAGUUAGGGGUUAUUUUGAGGCUAAGCAGCGCUGCUCUGGGUAUAGCUCUGCAUACUAAUAAGACACACCAGGCGAUCAGGCCAACAGGGCCCAUGGAGGCUCUUUCAGCCCACCGGCAAUGUGACCGGGAACGUGAAAUGCAGUAUCAUGCUGACACUCCCAUAAUCUCCUUCACCUCAAAACGGGUCUUGUUGAUUAACUGCCACUCAUCCAAAACAAGUCUGGUUUCUUCGCCUGCUGCACAUUUUACAUUUCUAUCUCCAUGCCAACAGAGAGUUAGAAAUUGAGAACACAAAAUGUUCUUCUAAUAGACAAAGAACCACAAGGUUAUAUAUUUUUACAGCAGCAGCUUCCUCUGAAAACCUCAGCUAUAAAUUUCUUCUCUUGGGUGUACUAGUGCUUUCCUUUUGAUAUUUUAAAGGGUACUAGGAGAUCUGUCCGUGCAAUACUUGCUUGCUUUUUUGAAAAGCUUUUCAUUUUCAACUUUUUAUUUAAUUUCAAAAACUGUAUUUAAAAAGAAAAAAAAAACAGCAACUACAUUGUCACUUUACCAAGGAAGUUUUCCACAUGCCUGUAGAGAGUUUGGCCUUAAUGUAGCAGCAACACACAGUGUUUAUUAUAAACUUUCUGGGAAAACUUAAUUUCUUUAAUGCUGACUCAUUAAGCUAAGUCACUGCAGGGGAAGUACUUUUAUUUUUCACAUUGUACAAGUAGCGAUUUGUUUCUGUUUUCUGAAGCAAAAGCCACUAUGCUCUGUAAAAUGACUCUUAGAGUUAAAUAAUUUUUAUAUAUUCUGUUUUUAGCAAAAGAGAAAGUAUUAAUAAAGUUGUUUUUUAAAAACAAA